GAGAUUUGGGUGGCUCUGCUGAACAUGAUGAGCUUGGAGGAGAUAUGAAAUCCAAAGGCCAUGCUGGGUUACCCAAUUCACCAUCUUCUUCAGGUGGGUUCCGUCAGUUUUCUUCAAAAAGGACUUUGUAGAGAGGACAUGUGUGCUCAACAUUAUGUUGUUCGGUGGAAUUAUGGAUACUAUAUGUGCAAGACAUGUUAUGUUGUUUGCCCCCCAAGAUUUUGUUUUCAGACUGUAGGGUGGCUGUUGUCUUGUUGAGAACAUUCACUGUCAGAUCAGGUCGGGCCCUGCCACAGUGAAAUUAUGAAUCACCCCUAUUCGUUAUUCCCUUUUUGGCACCAACAAAGCAUUUUGGAGAUUUCAGCCGGGAAAAUUUUCUAUCGGUUCGUAUGUCCUGUCUUUAUUUUGCUUUGUACUUGCUGACAAUUUUCUUCCUUGUGUAACAGGUGGCUGCAAUGAAGAGAUCCUAAUCUUCUCAUUUCAAAUUUUAACUUAGACAGCCUUUUGUCUCCCCCACUCUUAGUUGCUAUUACUUCCCUUCUAAAUAAAGAUUCCAUCCUUUGUUUGUUUAGGUCAGCAACCACAAAAUCCGUUGCUGUUACUUGGGCAAUAUAGUGAUGAUGAGUUGGAUGAUGACUCAAAUCAAGUACUUAGCAAUGCUGCUGUAGGAAAUUCCUCACCUGAGAAUAAUGAUGAGGUUAAGAGUUCGCUUGGUGAAUCUUAUCAGCAUAUGGAUACCAAUGCUGAUGAAGACCUUGCUUCUCAGAAGGUUAAGCAACAGGGAGGGGAUACAAACUCUGCCCCGAAUGAUUGUGACCAGAGCAUGGAGGACAGUGAUAAAAGAGAAAAUGAUGAUGUGGCCUCAAGUGAUUUACGCACAGAAUUGUAUUUGACAGAACAAGCCUCUGUUCCUGAAACUUCUAGUUUACAAGUCAUUGGAGAUGUCAGUUCAGGCUGGAAGAUUGUGAUGCAUGAAGAGAGUAAUAGCUAUUAUUACUGGAAUACUGAAACAGGGGAAACUUCAUGGGAAGUACCUGAUGUUUUGACCCAGGAAACCAAGUUAACGAGUGACCAGAAAACACCUACUGUUGCAGGAAAGUUGGAGAACGUUCCUGUUGGUACAGAAGAGUCUAACUUAACUUCUGAUGUGAAAUUAGAUGGUUUUUCUAAUUCUGACACAAAUGAAGGGGCUGCCAAUAUGGUUCCUCAUGGAACAGAAUCGUAUGGACAUGGGUGUGGGUGUGGGUCCCAAAUGGAUCAGUGGAAUCUAGCAUGCAAUAAUCAAGCUACUCAUGAUACAAUGGCUAAUGAAGAUUUUGAAUCAGGGAUUGAUCUCUCUUCUCGUCUUGUCAAACAUUGUGAGGCUUUGUUAGAAAGAUUGAAGUCAUUACAAGGGUCCAAGGAACAAUUGCAAGAUCUCAACUGGAUCUCAAAGUAUACUUUGGAAGUUGAGAUAAGACUCUUUGAUUUUCAGUCCCUUUUAUCUUAUGGGUCAUCCUUGCUUCCAUUUUGGAUGCAUUCUGAAAGACAGCUUAAAAGGGUUGAGAUUGCUAUAAAUGAUGAAAUGUCCAAAAUUUCUAAAUCUGUACAAACGGAUGAAGUUCAGGCAGCUCAUGCAUCUUUCUUCCAGGGAGAAACAAAUUUUCAGGAAAGCGUGGGAUGUAAAACUGAAGCAGAUCAAGUUGAAGCUUUGGAUGAUUUUCAUGCUACCCCUAGUGUUGAUACAUUAGCAAUAGUCUCUAAAGAAAGUUCAGGUGUAAAUGCCGAGCAUGUUUCUGAAUUUGGCUCGCCUACUAGGCAUAUGGAGAGCGGUGUAAGUGAACAAGUCAAUGGGGUGGCAGUUCCCAUUGAGUCAACUACCAAGAAUGAUUUUUGUGCUGGGGAAGAGGUUGACAUGGAUGUGGACAUGGAAGUUGAAGAUUCAAAUUCUGCAGGAAAUACAGCUAUUGCAUAUGCAUUGAAUGCCACGGUGUUUGCUCCGUCAGAGCAGCCAAUUAAUCCUAGCCCACCUUCAGUAUACACAUCUUCAGGGCCAGAGGAUACAUUCACUAUACCACCUCCCCCAGAUGAGGAAUGGAUUCCUCCACCACCACCUGAUAAUGAACAGGUUCCUCCACCCCCACCUGAUGAGCCCCCACCUCAGCCCCCGCAUCCUCCUUUGUCAUCUUAUCCUGAGACAGGGCAAGCUCCUUAUCCAGAGCAAUACAAUUUUUCCUAUCCAAGUUCCAGUUUUGAAUAUUAUGGACAUACAGUUACUGAAGGGCCUAGUAGUACUUUUUAUGGACAUCCUGAAGGAUGCCAAGUUUCUAUGCCCCAUGCACCACUUUACUAUGCUGCAGUUCCUGGCACCUAUACUGAAACUUCUCAGGCUGCAGCUAACCCUGUUGAGUCUGUCACAUAUUAUGGGCUUCAAGAUGGAACACGACUCUCUGUUCCUGUAGUCAAUGGUGUAGAGUCUUUACAGUUUCACAGUGAGUCUGCUCCUCUUAGCUAUGAAAACCUUGUAUCCGAUCGUACUGGAUCUAUCAACUCCUUUGCAGGAGCAGGCAGUAGCGGUUCAUUGCCAAAUGUGAAUAUUGAUAGUUCUGCUGUUGAUGGUGAGACUGGUGGGGCAUCUAUGGAUGUUCCAUCUACCACAUCCACAAUCCAAGCACCUGCAACCAUUUCAGUGAAAAGUAAUGUUCCUGUGCCAUCAACUAAUCAUGCCCCUAGUGCUGCAUCUAUUCCUGCCACAUCGGAGGUUACUAAGGCUCAGUCUAAAGUUCCACGUACUAAAAAGCGAACGGUUGCAGUUGCUUCCUCCUUGAGGUCUAAUAAGAAAGUCUCCAGUUUAGUAGACAAGUGGAAAGCAGCAAAAGAGGAGUUGCUUGAAGAUGAGGAGGAACCUCAAAAUACAUAUGAGUUGUUUGAGAGGAAGCGACAAAGGGGAAUAGAGGAAUGGUAUGCACAACAAAUUACCAGCGGAGAGGCCAAAGAUAAUGCCAAUUUUCAGCCUCUUGGUGGCGAUUGGCGUGAGAAGGUGAAGCGAAGAAAAGCUCAAUUAGCCCGCAAAGCUGGACAAACCGCAUCAACACCUGGACCUGAGGCACAUAUGGAUGGGAACCAGAAGCCUGAUCUGGCAGAACUCUCAAGGGGUCUCCCCUCUGGUUGGCAGGCCUACUGGGAUGAAUCCUCAAAGCAGGUUUAUUAUGGAAAUACGGCGACCUCAGAAACUACGUGGACUCAACCAACAAAAUGAAGUCUUCAAAUUUUCAUUUGUAGUUAUUUGGUUGACUUGUGUACUAUCCAGGUUGAAUUAAGAAUGUAAGAGGGCCUGCCAUCUUUACAUAGAGAUCCUCUGCUACAAUAAGAAAUUUUGGGAUAGUUAUUAGUGUCGAUUUUAUCUUGGUCAGAUUGUUUUCGGGGGAAGUUCCCUUGAUGCAUCCUUGUGAGAAUCAUUUAACUCUCCAAAAGAAGGAAAAAAUAAUUUACUUUUUUAAGAGGCCA